AUGGCCCGAGGUAGAGGCAGAAAACCGACACAGCAGCCAGCACCUCCUCGUACAGCUGGCCGUAGAGCAGUGCCAGUCAACUUUCGUGACGAUCCCGGUUCUGGAGAAGAAUUAGACUUCACUCCUUUGGAUGAACAUUCUGCUGAUGAAGAUGUACAACGACCGAUCUCUCCUGCGAGUGUCGAGCCUGUAGCUGGCUCUGCUGCCUCCACCAGACCUGUCACGCCUUCUGAGCGAGCCUCAGAACCCUCACGGAGCCGAACAGCCCCAGAUAUUGAUUUUUUCUUUGAAUGUGGAUCCAAGGCGCCUCCAGUAAGCAGAACUCUAUGUAAGCUAUGCAGGGCGAAUGGGAUAGACUUGCGCCAGGGUGCAGGCAGCUUCUCAGCGAGCACCUCAAAUGGUCCAUUGCGCAACCACCUCCUAAGCCGCCACAAGGAUCCAUAUCUCCAGAAGUGUCGCGAAAUGAGAUGGAAAGUCCCUGCACUCGCGAGCGAAACUGGAACAGCCCCGGUGCCCCAUGGAACACAACAUCCACCAUUUUCCCAAGAGGCAUUGAUACAGCAUCUUCUGAAUUUCAUCGUUGCAGACGAUCAGAGGAUCCCCUUCACAGAUGCGCAAAAGCGUGUCAUGAAGGGGGACUCCAAUAGUCACCUGGUAGGAAGACAUGUGAUGGUCACCCACGGGAAUUUUAGAGGUUACCGAGGCAGAGUAAAAAGCACAAUUGGUGAGAAAAGGGUCUUCGUCGAGCUUGAGGCGCUCCUCCAACGCCCACAAAUUUUGGACAUCAGUUCUCUACACAUCAUCGCUGAUGAAAGCCUUCAGCACCCCAGGCCUCGAGAGCUUCUUACCGACUUUACUUACCCACUCGAACCAGCACCUCCGCCUGGUACUCUGGCAGGCUUUUUGUUCCCUGGUUACCCCUUGCCAGAUUCGCAACCCUCAAUCCCAUAUCCCGCUCCUUUUCGUGCACAGACUCCGGCCAUUGCAGGGCCAUCUACUCCGCUUCCUAACUUGGAAGAUAUCCCGAUGACCCCAGCUUGGAACCCAAGCUCACAAACCCCACGCCGUGGUAAUGAUGCCUCUUCUCCGUAUUGGCUCAGAGAUGGCUGCUUCGCCAACAUGAGACUCAGCCUUCGUCUCAUCAACACCAAACCUAAUUUUCACAAGGGCGAGCACGAAGAUAAGUGUGGGGAGUUCAAGGGAGUGGUCGGAGAUGUGGUCAAGGUCCAGCUAGGCUUCAAAGUGUUGGAAGUGCCAUUUCCAUACCUUAUACCUGAAAGGCCAGAGUGCAAAUCCCAGGUCGUUACCGCAUUUACCGGUCCACAUAAGGGGUCGCAGUUUAGAAUUAAGGAGUUUGGCGAAGAAUUUUGUGGCUGCUCGAUUUUGAGAUCAACAACGCUUUUGAGAAAGGUUGAUGUCAAAAUCGCCACCAAUGAACUGGUAGUCACCUGA